AUGUCCCCGUAUCAACUCAACUGUCUCCCUGUCGAGAUUCUGCAAGCAAUUGGCGACGUCGUUCAGUCCACCGCCGACAUGGGGUCCCUAGUUUUGUCCAACAAGUACCUCAACGAUGUUCUUACCCCUAUGUUGUACUCGUCCAUCUAUCUCCAAGACUCCGUCACUGCUGCGAUGUGCAUUACGACGCUGGUAGGCUUACCCGAAGACAACUUUCAAGGCCGCGAUCUAGCUACUUAUGUGCGCGUGUUCUCCUGCGAUUGCGAGACACACUUCGUCAUCAGCCCUGAGGCCAAGGAUUUCUAUCAGCACCUCAAGCGUGCCGUAUCCCGCAUGACAGGCCUACAAAACCUCAAAUCCCUCAAUGUCACGCUGUUCACUCCCUCUCUUUGUCUCUCCCUCUUCCAUGCGGCUGCCGCCACCCUGCAAUCACUCGACGUAGGGAUCUCGAGAUCUUCGUCAUGGAUUGACGAUAGCGACAAACAGGCACUCCUUGGGCUGCAUACCCUCUUCCUCAGUGCUCGAAGUUUGCCUCCAGUUCGUUCGGUUUUGCGAGAUACGACCGGCUGGCUGGUGCUCGAGCGACUCGAAUUGGAGGUGGACGCCCUAUCUGCGGAUUGGCUGCCACAAACACCCGUGGUGCGGUCGUUGACCAUAAACGGAGACCCUUCCUUGGUGCUUGGCCGCGAGGAUCCCAGCGGAGAUAACACCAGUUACAUUAUCAGCGGUACUCGCGGGAAGCUAUACCUCCCCCCAACUGCGUUCCCCCGCCUCGAAGAACUCGUUUGCUCCCAUGGCAUUCUGCGUCUUUUUCUCCCUCCAAACUCCCCCGCCCCCCGUCCGAUCCGAAAAAUCGAGCUAGAUAAAGCGAGCUACUGGCGGAAAGGUCUCGACUCCUGUCCAGACUGGUACAUAUCAGGGGAGUCCGUUUGGCGUGCGCUGAGCUAUCUCCCGAACUCCAGCGCACCGGUCCGUGAACUGGCGCUGGUGGUGCAGCAUCUCGACAUGCGCGCGUUCGUAGUCCAGGCGGGACCGUCUCUCAAGACUCUGGAAAGCCUCGUUCUCGUCACGCACGAAGACCCUACGGAUCAUGUCGCCUUCAGCCGUCUGGGCGAAGACCUGUUUGCCCAUAUGCCCAAGCUACACACGUUCAUCCUCUCGGAUGGUCCGGCCAAGGCGAUGGACGAGUGCGAGAGCUUUGGUUGCGGCGAGGAUGUCUAUCGUCAGCGUGUCUGGUUGGAGCUUUGGGAGGCACAUGCACCUGCGUUGGUCACGGUCGCGUUCACGAACGACUUCACAUGGAUGAAGAAGCAAUACGGCUGGAAAAACGACAAAUUGCAUAUACCGGAGGGGGCUUUAAACCAUUCAGAAUCGCCGCGAUAA